AUGGCUUCUCGACCUCCCUUUGAGACCCAUUUCUCAUCCAUUUUUGGAAGCUCCUUUCCGAGAUCAACUAGUGAUGAACCAACCGUCCAAACCUCAGGUAUAAAGCUUCCGGUGAUCGAUCUUAGCCAUCUAACUAAUGGCGAGGAAGUCACGCGCAAAAGAUGUGUGAAACAAAUGGUUGAGGCAGCAAAAGAGUGGGGGUUCUUUCAAGUUGUGAACCAUGGGAUUCCCAAAGAAGUCUUUGAGAUGAUGUUUCGUGAAGACAAGAAAUUCUUUGACCGAUCCUUUAAUGAAAAAGUCCGAGAAAAGUUUUCGGACUCAUCAAAGCAUUGUUACCGGUGGGGAAACCCUAACGCCACUUCCCCGACUCAGUACUCCUUUUCUGAAGCGUUUCACAUCACUCUUGCUGAGAUCUUAAGUUUUUCUGAUGAGGGCAACAACUUCAGAAGAACCGUUGCAAUGUAUGUGCAAGAGGUAGCUCGAGUAGCACACAUGAUAUGCGAAAUACUGGGGAAUCAAGUGAAAGUGAACUCGAAGUAUUUCGAGAAUAUUUUUGCACUACAAAACAGUUUUCUAAGGCUUAACAAGUAUCACCCUUGUGUUUUUGGUUCGCAAGUGUUUGGUCUGGUUCCUCAUACCGAUACAAGUUUCAUCACCAUACUCGCUCAAGAUCAAAUCGGAGGACUAGAAUUGAAGAAAAAUGGACAAUGGAUUGGCGUAAAACCUUGCUCGGAGGCUCUUACUGUGAACAUUGGUGACAUGUUUCAGGCACUGAGCAAUGGAGUGUACCAGAGCGUUAGACAUAGAGUGAUACCUCCAGCAAACGUGGAGAGGUUGUCGAUAGCAUUCUUCAUAUGUCCCUAUCAGGAAACAGAGAUUGAAUUCUCUGGGAAUCCGAAGAAGUAUAGAAGAUUCAGUUUCAGAGAGUACAAAGAGCAGAGUGAACGUGAUGUUAAAGAAACUGGUGAUAAGGUAGGCUUGUCUAGGUUUAUCAUCUGA